CCAAACCACAACAGUCUAAACCAUUUUGGCAUUUAACAAUGUCAUCGCCAUUGCGCCACCCCAAGAGCCAAAGCUACCUCCCCCGCUUCUACCUCUUUAUAGACCCUCCUCUGUUCCGGUUUCCGUCACACCGCAUUCUCCCCCUUCCUCUCUAGCAUUUCUUUGCUUUCAUUUCCUCUUUGCCUCAUAUCUCGUUUUGCGAUUCUUUCCUCGGAGAACUUUUGGAACUUGCGAUCUUUUCUUACCGACUCGAUUUGCGAGCGUGUGACCAUCUUCUUCGAAAGCGGUUUUAGGUUUUGUGGUUUAUGCACACCAUUGGCAGCUACUCUCUGCUGUUGGGGCUGUCCGGAACCAUCUCGUCGGCGCAGAAGCCAUGUCCACGCUCGGGUUCGGCAGCCUUAGCCCGGCGGCCGCGGCGCCGGCGCCGGAGGUGGAGGACACGAGCGGCCACUGGGCUCCGCACGGCGCGGUGCUGACGGCCUUCGUCGUGGGCAUCAACGUGCUCGUGAUCGUCCUCAUCUUCUUUUUCUUCUGCCGGUUCUUCUCCGGGAAAGGAGGGGAUUCCGCAUCAGACGACACCGACGACGGCGAGCUGCCCGUGGCCUCCCCUUGGGCGUCCCACCGCCGCCGCCGGCGCGAGGCCCCCGCCGCGCGGGCCCUGGAAGACGUGGCGUUAGCCCUGCCCGUGUACGUGUACUCCAGCAGCGCCGACGCCGACGGAGGAGGGAAGAAGGCCCCCGAGUGCGCGGUGUGCAUCGUGGAGCUCCGCGACGGCGACUCCGCCCGCAGCCUCCCGCGGUGCGGGCACCGGUUCCACGCCGACUGCGUGGGCGCGUGGCUGCGGCUCCACGCCACGUGCCCGCUCUGCCGCGCCACCGUCAUGGCCCCCGCGGCCGGCGGCGAGGCCAGGAACGCCAAGGACGACGUCGGCGUCGGCGGCGCGGACUGUCCCUUAUGAGGCGCGGUGGCGGCGCUCCGACCGACGCCGAGGCGAGGCCAGCUCGAGCAAGCAAGCGGCGCACGUAAACGGCGGAUGGCGACAGCAUCUUUCGGCGUUGGCGUCCUUGUGUAUAGCAGCUUGCUGCUGAGUGCAUGACCAUCUGGGAAAGGUUGGUGAGACGAUCGGUUCCUUCUCGUCCUGUUGUGCGAUGCGUUCUGAAUUGUCAGGUAUAUUUUUGCAUGGUCUUGGGAUUAGAUACAUCGAGUCAUAUAAAUAUCCUCAUCGAUUGGAGUCUUCUUCUUCCUUAAGUAUGAGAGAUUGUGUGUGUAUGGUUAGUUGGAUCUUGUGAGACGACAUGGUGGGUUAAUUUUAAGUUUUUAACUAUGCAUGUGUACUGGUUAUGAUUAUGUUUUGCUCGAACAUUCAAAGCUUGUUCGAUGUGAGGAGUGAAAAGAUGAUGAAUCAUCUGAUUCUUGAUCA